ACAGCUCUUGCCACGCGUCCAGCCCGGCUCCUCCAGCCGUUGCAAUAUUUUAACUGACAGUCUGCUCGCACUAACUCUCGUCAACAACACCAGCUUCAAGCUCACCAACGGCUAUCAUGGCUCUCAAAGCUAUCGCCUUCCUUUUCGGCCUCACCGCCUUCGCACUGGCUGACGAAGCUACCACAAACAGCUUUUUUCACUGGGACCAGACCACCGAGGGCAUCUUCACCAUCCAAACCACCUGGCCGAGCUCCUACCCCACCAGCUUACCUACCGCUUGCACGGAUUGGCCGCGUGAAGGCGGAUUCGGCUGCCUCACCGAGUCACCCACUGGUUCGGAAUGGCACAGCUGGAGCAUUCACAACACUUGGAGCGGACACUCUUGGAGCGGACAUUCUUGGAGCGGACUUCAGAGCUGGAGCGAUUGGACCACCGUCACAACAACAGUCCCUGCAGCUGCAACUACGGUCAGUGUGGUUUCUGAGAUUACUUCCACGCCCUCGGUCAUCGAGACCUUCUCGAUCUUGUCCAUCUCGAACUCGACGGUCCUGUCUAAGACCCCUACUCCCACCGUACCCACCACCCUUACGAGCGGCUCUACUACGCAGUCAGCGACGGCCCCGGCUGGCACUGGUGCGGCAGGUAUGGUGUAUCCACACGUUCUAGGAGCGGUCGCUGGAGGUGCUGUGGCUGGAUUGAUGCUUGCGGUCUGAAUGGGAUACCCCGGGUGACGAAUAAAUGCAUAAUGGAGCAAUGAUGCUCUUCGAAGAGUGUGUCCGUGGGGCUCCAACAAAAACAUGAUACCAGAUCAAGACUAUAGCUCCAAUAAAUUGCUUCAACCCCCGUCUGUACACACCAUUCUGCCAUUGGUUGUGACUACGUCAUAAGAUUGGACACCCGGAUAUACCACUGCACAGGUUCCACUC